UUGUAGUUGGCAUUUUCUGAAAUUUUGAUAGGGAGAAGCAAGGAGAAGGAGCAAAAACAAUGAAAAACAAAGGAAAGGCAAUUUCAACUCCUGCCCCUGCCGCCAAGACCAAGAGUAAGAAGAGACGCAGGAUUGAUGAAUCAAGUGGAAGUGGAGGACUUGCAGAUGUUGCCAGUUCUGUGGCAGCACCUACUCCCGAGGUUGUGGCUCCUGAGCAGCCUGUUGCCGCUACUGGUGAAGCUGUUGCAGCAGCUCCAGCAACAAAACAACCUGCAAAAAACAAAACGACCUGCAAAAAAGAGUAAGAGGAAAGUGUCCAAGAUAAAGUCAACAACAUAUG